CAUCUUGUUUUUGAUGCACUCAAAAUCUGGCAGAGAUUCUCGUUUUGACAAGCUGCAGAAAGCGCGAUCAAAUGACGAAUCGUUACGAUUGCCACUAGGAUGGCAAGCCAUGAUCAAGACGAUUGUUAUCAUAGAUUGAAACUUGAGAGUGAUUGUGCUGUUGUUGAUAUCCAGAGAGCUUAUCGAAGUCUUGCCUUGCAAUAUCAUCCUGACCGACCUAAUAAUAAGGACAAAUGUUCAGUUGCCAAAUUUGAAGAAGUGACCAAAGCAUACUGGAAACUAACAUCUUCAUGUUAUGAAGAUAGAGAUGUAGACAGUAAUAAGGUUUUCUUCAAACUUUUUAAAGAUGUCCUCUUGUCCAGAAAAGGAGAUCUCAGUAUAUAUGCAUUUUUCACAAAUACCCAUGUAGGUGUUCGUGGCCAGGUGGAUGACAUGUGUAUAGAGAAUGACGAGGAGAACGACACAGGAGAGCAGGAAUUUGAAACUUUUGUAGAAAUCGUUGAGAAUCGACGAAAGAAAGGUAAGCUCAUUCCAAAUGAGUUUACACCUGAGAAGUUAGAAAUUUUGCGGGAGACUUUACUCGAAGAGAAAGAAGCCGCGAAAGAAGAAAUUUCCAAGAAAUUGAAUAGUCAAAAGGUUAAACCAUCGAAUCAAGUGCCUGUGUCGAAGCCAAAGCCUAAGUCGAAGAAACAAAAGGCCGCUGAACAGAGAAGGCGGGAGCGGGAGAUGGAAGCUAUCGCUGACGAGAUAGCAGAUAAGAUUAAAUUAGAAGAAGAGCGCGCUGAAAAAAAGAAACAAUCUGAAAUUGAAAAACAAAAACGUCAAGAAGAGGAAAAAGCUCGACAAGCAGCUGAAGAUAAGCGAAGGAGAGAAAAAGAAGAGAAGGAGCGUAUUGAGAGAGAGAAACGUGAGCGUGAAGAGGAGGAGGCACGUCUAAGAGACGAAGAAAAACGCCGCGAAAAAGAAGAAAAGAAGAAAAAAGCUGCUGCUGCUAAACAGCUGAAGCAACAAGCUGAACAAAAAGCUAAAGAAGACGAAGAGAAGAAGAAGCAGAAACAGACUGAUCAACAACAGGCUGUGAAUAAUAAACCCAAGUCUCCACAACAGAAUAGCUCUCCGCUGUUACAGACUCAGCAACAGAAGUCACAACAAUACCCACCUCGUGAGGUACCGCCUCGCUUUGCUCAAAAGCAACAGCAACAGAAGCAGCAAAAAAUGCAGCAAGGUGGUAAAAAGGGCUCUCAGUGGGGAGGCCCAGGUUGGGGUGAUGACGAUGAGGCUAAUAACUGGAGCCUGGGGCCUCAAACUACGGGUAGUGGGUGGACAGAAGGAUAUUCUGCUUCCCACCAGGGUGAUAGCCAGGAGAUCGGGACCUGGCAGAACCCUGAGAGUAGCUGGGGUGGUUCAGCGAACACGAAUGACAUAAUCGUCGACACAAAGGAUAAGGAGGCAUGGCCAUCGAUUGGUGCCGACCAGGGCUCGAAUGCCUCCGAAGCCGGUGAUGACAACGCAUCAGUCAAAUCAGGAUCUGUGAUAUCAAGCUCAAGCAAUCCAGGGCAACAAGGUCAAGAGUCAAGUCAGGGGUCAAGUGCCAUUAAAAGUCAAAGUGCUUCCAAUGGCUGGGGAGGUACUCCUAAUGACACAAAAAUGGACGCUAAUUCCCCCUGGGGCUUCGGAGCUGCUAAUCCCUCGGGAAAUAUGAACUCCACUGGUUGGGGUGGUAAUCCGCCGACCUCUGCUGCUGUGAGCAACCAAGGACUUCAUAUGCAAAGCUUUCAAAAUGUUGCAGCUGGUGAUAAUGCACUUAACUCUGGCCUUGGUGGCUGGGGGAUGAACAAUGCUGCCCAAGGUAGCAAUCAGAGACCACAAAAUGCCAUGCAAGCACAAAAACCUGGUGCUCAAUUUAUUGACAAUAAUGGACCUCAAAUGGCUGCCAAUAAACCACCAGGGGCUAUUGGUAAUCCUGUGCUAUGGCAGGGCAUUAGUAAUUUGGGUACAGGGGUUCAUAAACCCCAAGUGAAUCAGGACACUGCUUGGAACAUAUCGGAUUCAGGAAAUGCCAGUAAUAUGGGUAAGAGUGAUGGAACUGCAAUAAGGAAUGGAACAGACCAAUGGGGCGGUGCUACCCAACAGCAGAAUUGGGGAGCACCUGGUGCCAAGCAAAACAACUCGAAGGGGUGGGGGCAACCUAGUCCAGUGCCUAGUCCCAACCCAGUUAAUCCGGCGACAGGAUGGAACCCACAACAACCAGACAAGACCAGUAUCCCUCAACAGUCUGGUGGUUGGGGAAAUCUUCCACCUCCACAAAAUUCCACUGCACAGGGCCCACCUCCAGCUCAGUGGGGCGCCCAAAACACUCCAAUGAACACGCCAAUGAAUGCCAAUCCAGCCAAAACUCAACCUAGCACCUGGGCUCAGGCUGCCGGGAAAGGACUCGUUUCUUCUGCCAAUACUGUUCGUAAUCCUUCUAACACUGCUGCAAACAAUGCACCUAAUGAGAGGCAUUUAGGUAAUAUGGAGAUAUCUCGUGCUGUGAAUGCAAAGGAUGGGUGGGGUCAGCGACCAGUCAAACAGGAUCUGUCGUGGGAAUCUGAAGUGUCGCCUCGCACUAAACGCCGUGAGAUCGAGAGUGCUAAUUCCAAUGUGUGGAAUACACAAGUCAAUAACGGAACUGCCAUAUGGGAAAACCAGAAACAAGCGAUGCCAAAUGCUGUAGUCCAACCUCCUCAACCGCCACCUCAGCAACAGAAUUGGAAUUCCGAAUCAAGAGUGUCAACUUCCAGCUCCGGAUCAGGAGGAUGGGGUGAUAAUAAUGAUUAUGCGAGUAGUAAUACGUGGAACGGGCCUCCACCUCAGGAAUCCAGCAACAACUGGGGUGCUCCUCCUCCUCCACAGCAGCAACCACAACCGGAUAAGAACAACUGGAUGAAUACAAGUGCUAAUCCCAAUCCUAGUGCUAAUGUUGCUUGGGGUAGUGCUAAUGGAAGUCACAGCCAAGGUCAGAAUCAGUGGGGAGGUCCCAAGCCUCCAGAUACCAGUGGGGGUACCAACUGGGGUGCUGCUCCUGGUCCAAGAGGAUCAACGUCGAGUUGGGAUGGUGCUGGAUCGAAUCGCAGUUCAGGUUCAUGGGGUGAUAAUAAUGGUCAGAAAAGCAAUCCAUCCGGUGGAUGGGGUGAUGCAGCCAGUAGCGGUGCUUCUGGAAAUGCUGGUGCUGCUGGUGGUGGCAAUAGUGCUGGUCCUCCUGUUGGCUGGGGGGAGCCGCCACCUGCGAUGCCGCCUCAGAGGACUUCAACAUCAAGUUGGGAUGGUGGAAAUAAUCGUGGGAAUGGCGGAGGUGGCGGUUGGGCCGAACCUCCACCACCUCCACCACAGUUGCAGAAAAAGGAGAUUAAGCCCAUGGGAUGGGAAGAACCUUCGCCGCCAACGCAGAGGAAAAACAUCGAUACUGGCACGUCGUAUUGGGGUGAUCCUUCUGCCAGUCAGACGAAACCAGUCUCCAACUGGAACAGCGUAAGCACUCCAACUACACCUAAUACGCCAACCCCACGUCCAAAGCCAGAUGAUGUUUCUGCCGUCUGGGAUAAACAACCACCGUCCAGUCAGCCUGAGAGGGGUUGGGGUGACAUCAGUCAGCAGCAGAAAGUUGACAGUGGAGGAAACGCCCUCUGGACAAGUGCUAUUGGUCCACCGCCGCAGGCAAAAGGCAGCGGUUGGGAAAACAAUCCUCAAAAUCAAGCUAAUCAGUGGAACUCUGGUGCUAAGCCCAAAACACCCUCAUCAUCCAGCUGGGGUACUACAACCAUCGACUCGUGGAAUAAGCCUAACGAACCAGGCCAAGCUUGGCCGGAUGAUGUGAGUGUUUGGGGAGAAGAUGAUUCGGUAGUUCAGGAGAAUGCUUCUUGGAGUAGUGCUAAAGAUUGGACUAAAAAGAAAGCGGCCAUGAAGGAUGCUGUGUCGUUUCAGGGUGCUACCAUGGCUGGUUCUUACAAGAAUCAGCCUCAGAUGAGAAUUAAACUGCUGCAGCAACUCAUGGACAUGGGCUUUAAGAAAGAGGAUGCUCAAAAUGCAUUGAUAAGCAAUAACAUGAACCUCGAUAGUGCCAUUGCUGAUCUGAUUGCCGGUGCUAAUGCUGACAGGAAUAAAGACAUAGACAUGACCGAUCCACAGAAAGCAGCCCUCCUCAAGGUGCGAAGCAUGCAGCGUCUUCAUGACAGUGCUAAUAAUGGCAACGAUGAACAUGCAGAUAUUCAUUCUGACAGUAAUCAAUAUGUGCCUCCUAAUUCCAUGCAAAAUACUCAGCCAUUUUCCAGUGCUCAAAGCCAAGUACCAAAUCCACAAGCCAUUGCCCUCAAACAGGGGCCUAGUCUGACAGCCUCUAGUCUUGGAAGUCUCACAAAUACCAGUAUUAGUCCGUCGCUUCAGCAGAAGAUUAUUCAGCAUCCAUUGUUAGGUCAGCAGCAGCAGCAGCAACAACCGCCACCUCCACAACAGCAACAGCCACAACAACCCCCGCCACAACAGCAAGAGGUGCUGCAGCAGGGACAGAACCUUGCACAGGGACAGCGUGGUGGCCUCAUCCCUGGUGGGCAGUCAGUCCAGCAACAGCUUGUCCAACACCAGCUAGUUCAACAGCUGCGCAUGGCCGUUCAAGCAGGUUUGAUCAGUCCACAGAUCCUCUACCAGCAGUUCAACACACAGAUGCUCAGCAUCCUCCAACAGCUGCUGCAACAACAGAACAUUCUCCAGCGCCUGAUGACCCAGCAACAGAUGAUCCAAAACAAGACGCCUGUCAACAAUCCAAUGGCACAACGACAGCAGCUGGAACAAGUCAACCUGAUGAUACAGAAGAUCAAGCAACAAAUCGUAAUCCUCCAGGGGCAACUGACCCAGGCUCAGCAGGGCUACAACAAGCAAGCUGGUGCUGGUGGCAUGAAGGAUAUGCAAGGCGGUUCUCCAAACGAUCUGGUCAGCGGACUCCAGUCAGAAUUUGGUAACUUCAGUAUGAAAGAUGCGGCACCACCGCAGCAGACUCAGUCCAGAUUGACACAGUGGAAGCUUCCAUCACCAGAGAAAGACGGCAUGUCAGAUGAUCCAGCUUCUGGCGGCACUCCCCCUAUCUCCGACUCAACCUUGAACAAGGCUCCAGGGUCCAAACCUAUUACUCAAUCGCAUUCCAGUAGCAAUCUGCAGGCUCAGUCGUCCAAGUUUGACUUCCAUCGUUCCUUAUCUAUUGGUGGUGACAGUACUUGGUCUGCUCUUACCUCGACCUCAGAAAGUGAUUGGCCGACAACCACUGCCACCCCCACGUCCAGUGUCUCCUCAGUAUUGGAGAGUAGCAAGGAGAACCCGGAUAACGCUUCAAAGGAAUCUCUUGGUGGAACGCCUUCCGCCACACCACCAAACUCAGCCGGCUCGACCUUCAACCUGAACGAUAUGAUCCCAGAAUUUAUUCCAGGCAAACCUUGGCAAGGGGUGGCCAACAAGAAUAUAGAAGAUGACCCUCACAUUACUCCAGGCAGCAUUUCCAGAUCUCUGAGUGUUAACACAAUCAAGGAUGAGUACCUGAACAACCUGACCAAGCAACAGGCUGUGAGCAACACUACUGGCGAUUCCACUUCGAGCAGUUCCACUUGGGCAUACAGCAACUUCCCUAAGUCCACUGCCAUCCCUCAAGCCAAAACUAGUAAUUGGCCAAAUAGUGCCUCAAUCACGCCGACAUCCCUGACCUCAGAGCUUUGGGGAGUUCCAGUGCCAUCCAAAGCUGCUGCCACCCGCCCUCCACCAGGCUUGACCAAUCAAAAGAACCUGUGGGGCUCGUCUUCUGGACAACAGCAACAACAACAACAACAGCAACCGAACUUUAAUCGCAGUAUCUCUUGGGGCGGUGAUAAGUCUGCAUUUACUGCAGGAGCCAAAAAAGGUGCACCACCUCAGCCAGACUCAUCUCCUCAAAGCAGCAGAAAUGCUAAUGUUUCCAAUCAAUCUUGGGAUGGGAGGUCAUCCUCCUCCAACUGGCUGGUGCUUAAGAACCUUACUCCGCAGAUCGAUGGGUCUACUCUGAAGACUCUAUGCAUGCAGCAUGGACCGCUUUUGAUGUUCCAUCUGAACCUAAACUAUGGCCAGGCACUGGUGCAGUAUCAAAGUAGAGAUGAAGCCAUGAAAGCUCAGAAGUCACUCAAUGCCUGUGUCCUGGGCAACACUACCAUCAUGGCCGAAUUCGCCAACGAAAACGAUCUUGCUCAGUUGAGUGAUCAGAACGUCAAUACAAGCUCCUCCAGUUUGUGGUCACAGCAGUCUCAGCCGCAGCAAACACCUUCGCAUUCGACUCCCCAGCCUGCUAUUCAUCAACAACAACAUAUGAUCCGCUCCCAGGGUCACCAGAUGAAUAUGAAAUACGAGAGCAACACCAGUCAAUGGAACGGAGCGAACUUGGGUGGUCUGCAAGGAGGCAUGUGGAGUACAGGGACGUCUAACCUGUGGGGAUCAUCAGGGCUGUCACAUGGCUUACUCCCCGGUGAUCUGCUUGGUGGGGAAUCCAUGUAAUGCACUCGACCUGAUCUCGCAUAUCUCUUGGCAUUAUGUUGAAAUGGAGAUCAGUAUUAUUGAUAGUUGCUUUUCUGUGUUACCACAAAGAGAUACUACAUGCCAAGUACAAAGAACACAUUGAUGGAAUGCAAGUAUUUGGUGCUGAGCUUCAUAGAAGUGGCACACUAUUUUAUUUUUAAUUUAAGAAAACUUCUUUACAAGUACUAAAUGUCUUUCAGAUUCCGAAUCUAAUAGAUAAUUUGUUCUUUGUAACUUGUAAGAUGUGAGAUCUCUUGAGACGUACAAAUGCCAGUUUUGAAACAAGUCUAUAUAGUCAUUAUAGCACAAUGGAACCUCAAAUGGUCAUGAUGAUGAUAAUGAUAAAUUGGGAUGGACAAUUUUAAAUAAUGCGUAUAAACGAAAUAUCCUCAAGAUUAUUGGACUCCAGUGCUGUUUGCAAUCGUUCUUUGUUGAGAGUUUCAAGUCAAAAAUCUCUUCCACGUGUAUAUUAUCAUGGUUAACUGCGUUAUUGAACCUGAGCCAUGUCAAAGAUGUCGUGUCUCGAAGCAGUCGCGGCAGUUCUGAUCUGUGUGUCUUGUCUUAUCAUGUGUGAUGCUAGUAAAUAUCUAGUGGCUACUGGUGAAUAAAGGAGUUACUUAGGCCUGUGAUGGGCCUGAGGCCUCUACUACUUAGCAUA